AUGUCUCCAGAGGAGAUCGGCAUCAGGAUGAUGAUGGAGCACAACCGAGCCCAGCUGGGGGAGAGCCCCUACAGCUGCUCGGACUGCGAGAAGAGCUUCAGCCAGAGCUCCCACCUGGUCCAGCACCAGCGCAUCCACACGGGCCAGAAGCCCUACAAAUGCACCGACUGCGGGAAGAGCUUUGUUCUCAGCUCCAACCUCCUGGAGCACCAGCGCAUCCACACCGGGGAGCGCCCCUACAAGUGCGACCAGUGUGAAAAGACCUUCAGCCAGAGUUCCCACCUCUUCCAGCACCAGCGCAUCCACACAGGUGAGCGGCCCUACCAAUGCACCGAGUGCGGGAAGAGUUUCAACCGCAAUUACACCCUGGUGAAGCAUUACCACACCCACACAGGCGAAAAGCCCUACAGCUGUGCUGAGUGCGGUAAGAGUUUCAGCAGCAGUUCCAACUUGAGCCAGCACCGGCGCAUCCACACUGGGGAGAAACCCUACAGCUGUGGCCACUGCGGGAAAAGCUUCAGCCAGAGCUCCAACCUCAUCAAGCACCGGCGCAUCCACACCGGAGAGAGACCCUACAGCUGCCCCGAGUGCGGCAAGACCUUCAACCAGAGCUCGUCGCUCAUGCAGCACCGGCGGAUCCACCGCGGCGAGCGGCCCUACGAGUGCACCGAGUGCGGGAAGCGCUUCAGCGUCAGCUCCCACCUGGUGGAGCACCGGCGGAUCCACCGGGGUGAAAAGCCUUACAAGUGCGUCGACUGCGGGAAGAGCUUUGGCUGCAACUCAUCCCUGAUGAAACACCAGCGCAUCCAUACCGGGGAGCGGCCCUACAACUGCUCAGACUGCGGGAAGAGCUUCAGCCAGAGCUCCCACCUGGUCCAGCACCAGCGCAUCCACACGGGCCAGAAGCCCUACAAGUGCACCGAGUGCGGGAAGUGCUUUGUCCUCAGCUACAACCUCAUCGAUCACCAGCGCAUCCACACCGGGGAGCGCCCCUACAAGUGCGGCCAGUGCGGGAAGGGCUUCAUCCGGAGUUCCCACCUCUUCCAGCACCAGCGCAUCCACACGGGCGAGCGGCCCUACCACUGUGCCGAGUGCGGCGAAAGUUUCAGCAGCAGUUCCAACUUGAGCCAGCACCGGCGCAUCCACACCGGGGAGAAACCCUACAGCUGUGGCCACUGCGGGAAAAGCUUCAGCCAGAGCUCCAACCUCAUCAAGCACCGGCGCAUCCACACUGGAGAGAGACCCUACAGCUGCCCCGAGUGUGGCAAGACCUUCAACCAGAGCUCGUCACUCAUGCAGCACCGGCGGAUCCACCGCGGCGAGCGGCCCUACGAGUGCACCGAGUGCGGGAAGCGCUUCAUCGACAGCUCCAAGCUCAACAAGCACCGGCGCACCCACACCGGUGAGCGGCCCUACAAAUGCACUGACUGCGGGAAGGGCUUCAGAGACAGCUCCGCCCUCAUGAAGCACCAGCGGACCCACGCCAAGCAGAUCCACACUGGGGAGCGACCCUACAAAUGCCCUGACUGCGGGAAGAGCUUCGGUGUGAGCUCCAACCUUCUCCAGCACCAGCGCAUCCAUUGGGCGGAGCGACCCUACAGCUGUGCCAACUGCGGGAAGAGCUUUGGCCACAGCUCCCUCCUGGCCCAGCACCAGCGCAUCCACAUGGACGAGAGACCCUACAAGUGUGGGGAGUGUGGGAAGGCUUUUGGGGUGAGCUCAGCCCUGAUCCGGCACCAGCGGAUCCACACGGGCGAGAGGCCUUACAAGUGUCUGGUUUGCGGGAAGAGCUUCAACCUUAGCUCCAACCUCUUCACCCAUCGCAGGAUCCACUGGGAUGAGAAACCUUAUAAAUGCCCUGAAUGUGGGAGGAGCUUCAGCCAGAGCUCAAGCCUCAGCCGCCACCAGAUCAGCCAUACGGGGGAACGACCAUACAAAUGCCCCGAGUGUGGAAAGUGCUUCAGCCAGAGCUCCCUCCUGAUCCGGCACCAGCGGAUCCACACAGGGGAGCGACCCUACAGAUCCCACCACUGCCCUGACUGCGGAAAGGGUUUCAGCCAGAGCACAAACCUCCUAACCCACCGGCGAGCACACCGGGAGGAGAGACCCUACGAAUGCCCUGAUUGCGGGAAGGCCUUCAGCUGGCGCUCCCACCUGUUGGAGCACCAACGCAUCCACACCGGGGAGCGCCCCUACCAGUGCGGGGAGUGCGGCAAGAGCUUCAGCUGGAGUUCGGCCCUGAUCCAGCACCAGAGCACUCACACGGGGGAGAGGCCCUACCGAUGCCCCGAGUGCGGGGAGAGCUUUGGCCACAGCUCACACCUGGUGCGGCACCAGCGCAUCCACACGGGCCACAAGCCCUACAAGUGCCUGGAGUGCGGGAAGAGCUUCACCUCCAGCACCUGCCUCCUGCGGCACCGGCGCAUCCACACGGGAGAGAAACCCUUCACCUGCCUGCAGUGCGGGACGCGCUUCAGCCACAGCUCCUCCCUGCUGCGCCACCAGCGGGCCCACAAGGGCGAGCGCCCCUUCUUGUGCAGCCAGUGCGGGAAGGGCUUCAGCCAGAGCUCCUACCUCUCUGAGCACCUGCGCACCCACACCGGCGAGCGCCCCUACAAGUGCCCUCACUGCAGGAGGGCCUUCGCCCAGAGCUCCACUUCGCACCUUAUUAGACACCAAGUCACCCACACGGGAGAGCGACCCUAUAAAUGCUCCAUCUGCGGGAAAAGCUUCUCACUGAGUUCUCACCUCAUCCGGCACCGGAUAGUCCACACAGAGGAUAAACCCUACGUCUGCACUGAGUGUGGGAAGAAGUUUAGCCUGAGCUCCAGGCUCGAUAGGCACCUGAGAACCCACACGGGAGAGAGACCCUAUAAAUGCCCCAACUGCGGGAGCGGCUUCAUCGACAGCUCUGCUCUUAUUAAGCACCAGAGGAUUCACACUGGGGAGCGACCCUAUACCUGCCCUGAAUGUGGGAAGAGCUUUGGUCGGAGCUCAAACCUUAUUGCCCAUCAGAGAACUCAUACGGGAGAGAGACCCUAUAAAUGCCCCAACUGCGGGAAAAGCUUUGUCGGCAGCUCUGAUCUUAAUAAACACCAGCGCACCCACACAGGAGAGCGCCCCUAUAACUGCCCUGAAUGUGGGAAGAGCUUCAGCCGGAGCUCAAACCUUAUUGUCCAUCAGAGAAUCCACACUGGAGAGAUUCCGAAUACGUGCCCUGAGUGCGGGAAAAGCUUCCCUUGGAGCUCCCGGCUCCUCCGACACCAGAGAUCCCACACCGGGGAGCGCCCCUACCAGUGCCCUGACUGUGGGAAGGGCUUCAGCGAGAGCUCGGCCCUGAUCCAGCACCAGCGCAUCCACACCGGGGAGCGCCCUUACAGCUGCAGCGUGUGCGGGAAGAGUUUCGGCCUGAGCUCCCACCUGAUCCGCCACCAGCGCACCCACACAGGGGAGCGCCCCUACCAAUGCCCCGACUGCGGGAAGGGCUUCCUGCGGCGCUCCCAGCUCACCCUGCACUGCCGGACCCACACGGGAGAGAGACCCUAUCAAUGCCCUGACUGCGGGAAGGGCUUCAGCGAGAUCCCCAACCUGCACCGGCACCAGCGCAGCCACACGGGGGAGCGGCCCUAUAAAUGCUCUGACUGCGGGAAGGGCUUUGCUCAGAGCUGCCACCUCCUGCAGCACCAGCGCACCCACACCGGGGAGCGGCCCUACAGGUGCCCCUGCGGGAGGGGGUUUGUCCGGAGCUCCCAGCUGAUCCGGCACCGGACGGUUCAUACAGGGGAGAAACCAUACAAAUGUCCCAUCUGCGGGAAAUGCUUCACUCAAGGAUCCACCCUGGCCAGCCACCUGCGGAUCCACACCGGGGAGAGACCCUUCAAAUGCCCUCAGUGCGGGAAGAGCUUUGGUCGGAGCUCCCACCUUAUUACACACCGGAGAACCCACACCGGGGAGCGGCCCUACAGCUGCGCCCAGUGCGGCCGGGGCUUCUCCCAGCACUCCAGCCUCAUCCGGCACCGCCGCACCCACACGGGCGAGAGACCCUACCGGUGCCCCGACUGCGGCAAGGCCUUCGCCCUCAGCGCCUCCCUCCUGACCCACCAGCGCACCCACACCGGGGAGCGCCCCUACAGCUGUGCCCAGUGCGGAAGGGGGUUCAGUCAGCGCUCGGCUCUGGUUACCCACCAGCGCACCCACACCGGGGAGAGACCCUAUAAAUGCCCUGACUGCGGGAAGAGCUUUGCCAUCAGCUCCCACUGCACCGCUCACCAGAGGACCCAUGGGGAUCCGGGUGGGGAGCCCCCGUACCGGUGCCCCCAGUGUGGGGAGGGCUUCCGGCUCCGCGCCCGCUUCCUGCAUCACCGGCGCAGCCACGCGGGCAGCAAACCCCACCGCUGCCCCGACUGCGGGAAAGGAUUCUCCCGCAGCUUCCUGCUCAAGACGCACCAGCGGAUCCACACUGGAGAGCGGCCCUACCCCUGCCCCGACUGUGGGCGCCGCUUCCGGCAGAGCUCCCACCUCACCCACCACCGGGCCACCCACACCGGAGAGCGGCCCUACCGCUGCAGCCACUGCGGGGACGCCUUCCCUUGCAGCUCGGAGCUCUACCUGCACUAUCGCAGCCACACCGGGGAGCGGCCCUACCAGUGCCAUGACUGUGGGCGCAGCUACACCACCAACGGCAGCCUGCGGCGGCACCGUCGCACCCACAUGGGUGAGAAGCCCUACAAAUGCCCCGAGUGCGGGAAGAGCUUCCACCAGAGCUCCCACCUCAUCCGGCACCAGCGCAUCCACACCGGGGAGCGCCCCUACAAAUGCGGCGAGUGCGGCAAGGCCUUCAGCCAGAGCUCGCUGCUGACCCGCCACCAGCACACCCACACCGGGGAGAGACCCUACAAAUGCCCCGACUGCGGGAAGAGCUUCAGCCGUGGCUCCAACCUCAGCCAGCACCAGCGCAUCCACACCGGGGAGCGCCCCUACAAAUGCACCGAGUGCGGGAAGAGCUUCACGCUCAGCUCCCACCUGAUCCGCCACCAGCGCACGCACACGGGCGAGCGGCCCUACAAAUGCGCCGAGUGCGGCAAGGCCUUCGCCGAGAGCUCCCACCUGCGCCAGCACCGCCGCACCCACCGCUGCGAGCCGCCCUACAAGUGCCCCGACUGCGGGCGCGCUUUCGUCCUGAGCCUGGACUUCGUGCAGCACGUGCGGGAGCACACGGAGCGCCGCCCCUACCGCUGCGGGGCCUGCGGGCGCUGCUUCCCCCUCAGCUCAGCCCUCUCGCAGCACCGCAAGAGCCACCACCGCCCCCCGGCCGCCCCCAAGGCCCACCCGUGCGGGGUGUGCGGGAAGGUGUUCGGGAAGAGUUCGCACCUGGUGACCCACCGGCGGGUGCACACGGGCGAGAAGCCCUUCGCCUGUGCGGAGUGCGGGCGCGGCUUCAGUCAGAGCGCCGACCUGGCGAAGCACCGGCGCACCCACACCGGCGAGCGGCCCUAUCGCUGCCCCGAGUGCGGCAAGAGCUUCAGCGUCUCCUCCACCCUGGUCAAGCACCAGCGCAGCCACAAGGGGGAGCGGCCCUACCCCUGCCCCGAGUGCGGCAAGCGCUUCAGCCAGAGCUCCAACCUCAUGCAGCACCAGCGCAGCCACCGCGGGCACCGGCCCUACCACUGCACCGAGUGCGGCAAGGCCUUCGCCCAGAGCUCGGCCCUCCUGCAGCACCACCGCACGCACACCGGCGAGAAGCCCUUCGCCUGCCUGCAGUGUGGCAAAGCCUUCAGCCUCAGCUCCAACCUGCGGCAGCACCAGCGGAUCCACACGGGCGAAAAGCCCUACAAGUGCGGGGAGUGCGGGAAGAGCUUCUACCAGAGCUCCAACCUGGCGCAGCACUGGCGCACCCACACCGAGGAGAAACCCUACAGCUGCCCUGACUGCGGGCGCGGUUUCCGCCACAACGCCCACCUGGCGCAGCACCGGCGCACCCACACCGGCGAGCGCCCCUUCCCCUGCGCCCAGUGCGGCAAGGCCUUCAGCCAGCGCUCCAACCUGCUGCAGCACCGGCGCACCCACACCGGCGAGCGCCCCUUUGUCUGCACCCACUGCGGGAAGGGCUUCGGCGACAGCUCCAACCUGCUGCAGCACCUGCGCACCCACACACCGGAGAGACCCUAUCAGUGCCCCGAGUGCGGGCGCAGCUUCCGCCACGGCAAGCACCUGACCCAGCACCGCUCCCUGCACACGGGCCAGAAAUCCCACUGCUGCCCGGACUGCGGGAAGGGCUUCAACUGGAGCUCCCACCUCGCCCAGCACCGGCGCAUCCACACCGGGGAGCGGCCCUACCAGUGCCCCCAGUGCGGGAAGGCGUUCACCCAGAGAUCCAACCUGCUGCAGCACCAGGCCCUCCAUCGCCCUGCCCAGGACCUGGCUGAGCAGCUGCAGAUGAGCCAUGUGGCUUAGGGGGCUGGGGUCAGAGGUCAUGCCAGAGAGGAGGGAGACCCGCCUCUCAGCAUGGGAUGCCUGGGGUUAAAGGUCUGACAGUGUCCGACACCCAGGACUCCCCCACAGCAUGGACACGCCAACUAGACCCCACUCGGACGUGCUGCUAGGGAAUGGGGGG